CGGUUUUAGGAAGAGUGAAUUAUACUCUCUGGCCAGCAGCCACGUCAGGGGGGGGGGGAGUCUGCUCCAGUUAUUUGUGCAAGCCAAAAAUCACGUGAAACUGUAGCUAGUUGGUUAAUGAACAAAUUGUGUGCACCACAUGGUAAGUAAGGAUGUUCCAGAUUAUUAUUAAUUAGCUAGGAGGUCAUCUGAAGCUACAUUGCACUGUUACUAAUGGUAUAUAGCCGUGUCAGCUAGCUCUGGUGGUAAGGUUGAGUUCACAGAAGGUUUAUGAAUCCUCUGAGAAGCUCAGCUUUGAGGAUAGAGCCAGCUCUCCACAGUAAGUAGGAGUUUAGAAGAGCCCUUCGGACAAUCGUUCAUCACCUCUCCAUCCUCCAUCGGGUUCUCGGAGCUGAAACAUGAGCACCUUUGUGACUCUCUCAUCAGGGCAGAGGAUGCCUAUGGUUGGACUCGGCACGUGGAAGAGCGCUCCAGGUCAGGUGAAGCAGGCAGUGCUGGCAGCUUUAGACUGUGGUUACAGACAUAUUGACUGUGCAGCUGCGUAUGGCAACGAACAGGAGGUCGGAGAGGCUCUGGCUCUUUGGGUCGGUCCAGGAAAGGCUCUGUGGCGUGACGAGGUGUUUGUGACGUCCAAGCUUUGGAACACCAAGCAUGACCCAGAGGAUGUUGAGGAGGCAUGCAGGACCUGCCUGGCCCAUCUUGGUCUCUCCUACCUGGAUCUUUACCUCAUGCACUGGCCCAUGGCCUUUAAGCGGGGGAAGGAGCUAAUGCCUCGGAGAGACGAUGGCAGUAUUUGUUACUCCGACACACACUACAGAGAUACGUGGAAGGCCAUGGAGAACCUCGUAGAUAAAGGUCUCGUUAAGGCCAUAGGCCUGUCCAACUUCAACGCGAGGCAGAUUGACGACGUCCUCAGCAUUGCCCGACACAAACCUGUGGUGAACCAGGUGGAGUGCCACCCUUAUCUAUCUCAGGUAGACCUCCUGUCACACUGUCGGUCUUUGGCGGUUUGUGUGACAGCUUACAGUCCUCUGGGCAGCGGAGACAGACCCUGGGCUUCUCCUGAUGAGCCCAGGCUGCUGGAAGAUCCGAGACUCGGAGCAAUCGCCGAGAGAUACCAGAAAUCCCCUGCUCAGGUGAUACUCAGGUGGCACAUCCAGAGGGGCGUGGUGUGUAUCCCCAAAAGUGUGACGGCCUCCAGGAUCCAGGAGAAUUUGAAGGUGUUCGAUUUUUCCUUGGCACAAGACGACAUGAAGCUGAUCGACUCCUUUAACCGCAACACACGGUUUAUUGUUCCAACAGUGGAGAAGGGUGGCAAGAAAGUGUGGAGAGAUGCAGGACAUCCUCAUUUCCCCUUCCACGAUCCAUACUGAGCCUUCAACAAUCACUUUAAAGAUAGUGGACGAAUACUCGAUGUAGAACAAUAAAUAAAAAUUAACUUCAACCAGAA